CUCCAGCCUUGGGAUCGACAGAGGAUAUUUACAUAUAUCGUCCACAAUUCUCCCAUACAUCAUUUACAUUUCUCAUCGGAAACUUCGACAUUCUUCCUGUUAUAGACUUGUUAAACUUCUCAGUACCCUCAACCCUCAACCCUCAACCCUCAACCCUCAACCCUCAUCCGUCAAUAACAUUUUGGAAGAGGAGAACCCUUGACAGAACGUACCGACCGACAAUCCACACCCGGCACUGUAACCGAUCGAUUCACUGGGGUCAAAUCGUCAAUUAACCUUACCAUCCAUCACCACUCUUUUGAGGACAACACAGGAGUCCAUUACGACCACGACUAAUACGGCCUUGACGAAACUAAAACGAAACGUAACAAAGCGGCAGUACUUCAAUUUCGAUUUGAGUUGAAUUAUCAGCUCAUUGGAUUGAAAGAACGGAAGACACAAUCAUACCGUUUCACCAGUCGGCCAUAUAAAUAAACCAAAGUGGUUACUUACGUUGAAUUGCUUUGACCCAUUCGCUGACCAUCUCACCUCUCACGAGAAUCCUCCGCGCCUAUCUGCAUAUCAUCAUCGUCAGCAUCCAUCUUAAAUCUUUGUUAUUCUUUCGAACCUUUUGGCCCAAUCUUCGGCCACCCUUACCCCAAAGACAAAACCCCUGCUUCUUUGGUCCACCCUAAGAACGCCUUUGUCAGGCCUGAGGUCAAGGCAAUUCCGGAAUUUAUAUAGCCAUCCGAUCCUCCCAGUGCCUCCACGCAUAGUAACCAGCUGCGCCAACUUUACUCCUCUAUAGGAUUCCGCUGGUCGGAUUUUUCUCACUCAUUCGCGAAAUUUAGAUUCAAUAUUACGAGCCCGUGGUCGUCAUUAUUUUUCUUAAUUUCUUUUGAAAUUUUCUUGAAAUUUCUCGAAAGAUUUUAUUCACUUUUAUUGUGGAUUUUUCUCUUCGACAAUUUCUUUUGCCCAUUGUCCUCGACAACCGAGCCGUAUUUUAAACCUCAGCCAACAUCCACAAUAGGAUUGAAGCCUGGAGACAAUAGAAACGGUCACGAUAUUUUUUUAAUACAACGAAUACCAUUCAGGACAAUACGACUUUUCUUUUGAUGACCUUAUAGCUUGGUGUAUCUUUAUUUUUAUCUUUCUGUUACAAGAUCAUUCCAGUUCUCGAUAUCAAACGUUGAUCAAGUCUCGAUCGACAACAUUUCGACAUACAAGUCAACCGCAUCGAAGUACAACGACUACGGCAAUUACCAAUUCACACACGACACCAUGUCGCUCAAUUCAAACGUUCCUAGAACCUCCAAUGAGGUGGCUUUAGAUCACUUUGUUUUCCAAUCAGUUACUCAAGAUAUGAUCAACUAUCUUGCCCAAAAGGCGAGAGAAGUCAUUCAGUGCGAGCCCACACAGGUAUCCUCAAGUCAAGGUCCCUCGCCGCCUCGAACUCCUCCUCAAGAGAAAAGAUCACCAUCAGAUUUACCGUCAUUAGAGAGAUUCAUCGCUUCAUUAAUAAAUAGAUCCAACGUUCAAGUACCUACACUUAUGACCAGUUUGGUCUACCUCGCUAGACUGAAGAAGAGACUACCACCAGUUGCAAAAGGUUUAAGAUGUACAGUUCACAGAAUUUUCCUUGCAACAUUGAUCUUAUCGGCCAAGUUCCUUAACGAUUCAUCGCCGAAGAAUAAGCACUGGGCCGAGUACUCGAACGUUCGGGGUUACAGUGACUUUUCAUUUACCAGGACAGAAGUCAACCUUAUGGAGAAGCAAUUACUUCAACUACUCAACUGGGAUUUGAUUGUUAGCCAGGAUGAUCUCUACAUUCAUUUGGAACCUUUCCUCACACCAAUCCGUUUUGAGUUGGAUCGGAAGCAAGAGCAAUUUCGUCUCCACGAAGCACGCCAACAAGCCAUCCGCGAACAAGAGGCUCUUGCAAUGCAAAAUAUGUCCUUGGACCCAACAGGAAGAUACUGGAUGCCAGCAACCGAAGACAAAUACAUGUCAUACUACGGUGAACAACAAUCGCUCUUCUCAGCCAACGAUGUAUACGACUACAAUUCGCCACCUUCCUCGUCAGAAGUUCCCGGUCUUACCCGCAGCGGUACUGCUGACACCCUGGACGCCAUGUCAUCUUCUGCCUCAUCUUACAUCUCCGAAUUAUCUCGCUCGGGCACACCUCUAUCAUCCGUCAGCAGCUACGCCGACGAAAACGAUGCUAUGCAAUGCGAUACCUACUCCCCAUCAGGUGUUGCCCGCGACGUCGUCACGGUCCAAGUUGCUGGUGCUGAUGGAAAGCUCAGGCCUAUGCUUCCAUACGAAAUUGACAACAUGGCUCAUCACGACAACAUGAUAAUGGCAGAUGAAAAGCGUCGCACAGCUAAGAGAUCAAAAGGCAACUUCCUAACAAGAUACUUUGGUGGCCAAAAGAACUUUUCCACUGCGUAAGAUGCUUUUGAAUCCUCAUUCUGAUUCCUGCGUGGGGGACUUAUUUGGCGGGACACUGGUGAAAGGAUGAAAAUAGCCCGUGUGGAUUACGAAUUUUUUUGUAUCAUUUGAUGAAACUUUUCCUUAUUUUUUUUUAAACCUGAGAAUGAGGUUUCAUAAGAGUCUGCAUUAUAUCAGAUCAAGCAUUGCAAGGAGUUUAUUGGGCGUUCAGAUUGGAUUGGAAUCGCAUUACAUCACGAAUGGGAAUGUGGAAAGAGGUGUCAAAAAGACGGUCUUAAUCCUUAGGAUGAGGAAAAAAAUCUGGAUUUCUUUUGCCAUCUGGAUAAGAUGUCUUUUUGAUAGGAUCGGGAUAGAAUAAAUUUGGGCUUGGCUUGGGAAUACCCUGACGCAUUAGGGAUGGCGAAGAAACAAAUGAUAACUUUAUAUUACAUAGCAUGGAAUUGGUAGCAUAGCAUAUGGUUUGCGGUCUGGUUUGGACAUGAUCGGAUUUGAUCUGAUCAAUCGCAUUCAUGAAGGAAUACAAAGAGAGGUGGAUUUUAAUCAUUAAUAUGUUACACUA